AACGGUUUGGCUGGGUUGGUGGAGUUGUAUGUUUGCGUAGAUGAGCUUUUUCGAUCUCCACAUACCCAACAAGCAUUUUCAAGAUACCAAACUAGAACUUUGGUCGAAGAUGCCUUGGAGGGGUCAAUUGUGUUGCUAGACUCGUGUAGCAUCCUUAAAGAGGUGAUCUUGCGAAUGAAGGAAAACGUGAAAAUUCUUCAAUCUGCCCUACGAAGAAAAGCUAGUGACUUGACAGUUGUUAAGCAAAUUACAGCUUAUCUAUGCUUUAGGAAAAAAAUAAAGAGCAUCAUUAAGGGUCUUAGGCCAUUAAGGGGUAUAGAAAAGAAAAUGAGUCUAUAUUCAUUUUCGGAUGUAGAUCACCAUGUAUUAAUGGUGAGUCAAGUUCUUGGAGAAGUUAAUGCACUCACAAUGUCCCUAUUUAAAACCAUUCUAGGCUUUUUGUCAGCGAAAUCCAAGGCUAGUAACGGUUUUCAACUCUUAUCAACGUUUGUGUUGAAGAGUAUGUCUACACAUGAGACUGCGAAGCCGUUUGUCAAUGAGGUAGAAGCCAUUGACAUGGCUACCUUGUCUCUACACAAAAGUUCCCACAACCAUGAGAUGAAUGAUGCUGAUGUCCAAAUGACCCUAAAGAAUUUGCAAAUUCUAGAUGUUUGCAUUGAUGGGUUUGAUGAUGGGCUAAAUCACCUUUUCAGGAGAUUGAUUCAAUACAGAGCAUCUAUUCUCAACAUGGCUGUUUGUUAG